CCAAAAUAUAACAUCAAACAAUAAACUUGUACUAUAUAAUUCAAAAUGGUUGUCCAAGGAGAAAUUGUUUGUGUUACUGGUGCAGCUGGGUUCAUAGGUUCAUGGCUUAUCAAAAGGCUCCUCGAGCAUGGCUACAUCGUCCGAGCUACUGUUCGAGACCCUGGUAACAUGAAAAAAGUACAGCAUUUGUUGGAUUUGCCAAACGCAACGACUCACUUGACACUAUGGAAAGCAGACCUUAAUGAAGAAGGAAGCUUCGACGAAGCCAUUAAUGGUUGCACCGGCACCUUUCAUGUUGCCACCCCUAUGGACUUUGAUUCCAAUGAUCCUGAGAAUGAGGUAAUUAAGCCUACCAUAAACGGCAUGUUAGACAUAAUGAAAUCAUGCAUCAAGGCGAAAAUUCGGAGAUUGGUUUUCACAUCAUCUGCAGGAACUGUCAAUGUAGAAGAAAUCCAAAAACCUGUUUAUGAUGAAACUUGUUGGAGUGACAUGGAAUUUUGCCGCUCUAAGAAGAUGACCGGAUGGAUGUAUUUUGUAUCUAAAACACUAGCAGAAAAAGCUGCAUGGAAAUUUGCUGCUGAGAAUAAUCUUGAUUUUAUCAGUAUUAUUCCACCUUUGGUAGUUGGACCUUUUAUAACUCCAACAAUGCCACCUAGUCUAAUAACUGCGUUAUCUCCCAUUACAAGAAAUGAAGCUCAUUAUUCAAUCAUUAAGCAAGGUCAAUUUGUGCAUUUGGAUGACCUUUGUAUGGCUCAUAUAUACUUGUAUGAACAUCCUAAGGCCGAGGGCCGUUACAUAGCUUCUGCUUGUGAUGCUACCAUCUAUGAUAUUGGAAAAAUGUUGAGGGAGGAGUAUCCAGAGUACAAUAUACCCACCAAAUUUAAGGAUUUUGAAGAAGAUAUGGAAUGUGUGCAUUUUUCUUCUGAAAAGCUUAUGGGACUAAAUUUCAAAUUCAAGUACGGAUUGAAGGACAUGUACAAAGGAGCUGUAGAGACUUGCAGAACAAAGGGACUUCUCCCUCCUUCCUUUCAAAAUCAUAUUUGUUUGUUCUCUGUAUGUAUGGAAGUUCUCUUUACUAUGCUCAGAAAGGCCGAAAGACGAAUCUCUCAAUAUUAUAACGUUAUGGUUGGAUGGUUGGUGCAUGUAUUGUUUAUAUACCUAUGCUCGCUAUUAUAUACCUGCACUCACUUUUUUGGUUAUAGUUUAUCAAGUUUUAAGAUUCAUUAACUUGAUCGAGCUAAUUUCUGGUUUGAGAAAAUAUAUAUACUUCUAUAAGUAUU